AUGCAUCUAGUCUACAUGUUGCUCACUGUCGCGGCUUUGCUUCGUCCCUGUAGCGCUUCGAUGACUGCUGGCUACUCGGUCGCGGGCUUGGCUCAAGGUGGUAACGAUAAGAGACUUCUGCGCGGCAACCAGAAAUACAACGUCGACAGCGCAAUGAAUGUUGCUGCUGAUGAAGAGAGAGCUGGCCAAGGACUUUUCAACAAAAUUCUUGGGAGGAAUGACCUCAAAAUGGAGAAACUAUCCAGGAUGAUGAAUGACGAAGCGUUCAAAAUGAAAAUGUUUAAGAAUUGGGACAACCACCACCAGAGCAUCGGUAAGAUCCGAGAAAAUAUGGUUUUCAAGCGUAACCCGCACUAUAAAAAGCUUCUGGUAGAGUACCUGAACGAGUUCAAGCGUACAUCCCCAAAGGUGAAAAAGUUCAAGCCUAGCAAGCCGUCUACUGGAAAUCGCGUACGCUUCUCCUGA